AUGCAGUCCCCCGCCGAGGCCGAAAGGUCUGCCGCAUUCAGUCGUGGCGAAGCCCUCAGACACCUGGAAAUGGAGCCUUCAGACCAUGCACAUUCCCGUAUCCUCCGGAGUUUUUUGCAGCGCACCCCUAGCCUGCGCGCGUUGAUCGCCCCGCCUCUCUCGAGUGCCGGCUCGUUAUCCCCGGGCUCGUACAUGUCCUCGCCUCAGCUGAAUGCCAUGGGCGAUAUCACACCUCUGCCAUCUCCCAUAGGCGGAGCAUCUCCGUGGCGGCGCGGCGAAUUGCCGUCUUUAUCUCGUACAUCUUCCACGGCGUCACGUAGCGCAUCCAGUUUGCGCCUGAGCGAUUCUUCACAGAUGCUGGGUCCGCCGGUGUCGCGGUCCCGCGGCAAGACAUACAAUGGGCUGGAAGGCAUGGGGGAUGAUUCAGUGCCUGAUCGACUUCGUCACGAUUCAUCGAGCAAACAUACGCGCAACCGCAGUCUCAGCGACUAUGCGCCGCCCGGUCGUAUAACCGUUCCUCGUCCGAUUGCCGUCUCCGGCGCCGCUCCCGGCAUGGUCCCCUCAUCGAGUACCGACUCCAAACAGGCCGGCCUCCAUCGAGAACAAUACCUCGCUGUACACCGAGGGAUCGCCUUGCCCACUGUUCGUCCUCCGAGUCCGCCUCGCAGUAGCGGAAGUGGAUAUGGAGACAGUGACACCGAGCCAGUCAUUCAACAUCCUGUAUCGCUGUCGUCCUCUGACGAGAUAUACUCGGUGAAGUCAAUUCGCACCCAACAAGCCCGGAUAUACAGGAAGCUCCGCGUCCUUGGCCAAGGAACCUUUAGUAAGGUCUGUCUGGCCGCCCGCGUGGAGCAAGUGCAGACACCAUUGUCGCCCGAUCUAGAUGGCCUUGGCGAUGCUGCUCCGCCAGCUGCCACACAGAGAUUGGUCGCUGUCAAGAUCAUAGAGCACGGCCCGGCCGGGGGUGCAGACGAAGAACGUCUGGAAGUCUCACUGAAACGUGAGGUCGACAUCUUGAAAUCAGUGAAUCACCCAUCCUUGGUUCAACUCAAGGCAUUCGGCAGCGACGAGAAGCGCGCUCUGCUUGUUCUGGACUUUUGUCCUGGUGGUGAUCUGUUUGAGUUUGCGACUUCCGGAGCUCGACCGACUUCUCCCAACCUGAUUCAACGCAUUUUCUCGGAGUUGGUCGACGCCGUGCGCUAUCUUCAUUCUCAAUACAUUGUUCACCGUGAUAUCAAACUCGAGAAUGUUUUGCUCACCUUGCCUUCACAUGCCUUGGAAGAAGUGACAGACUGGCAUACUUAUGACCGAGCGGUGGUCGUUCUCAGUGACUUGGGUCUAUCUCGACGCAUUCCAGAACCCCCGGAGAGUCCGCUGUUGCAGACCCGAUGCGGAAGCGAAGAUUAUGCCGCACCGGAGAUUCUCAUGGGACAAGCGUAUGAUGGUCGCGCCACGGACGCGUGGGCCCUCGGUGUUCUGCUGUAUGCCAUUAUGGAGAAUCGCCUACCAUUCGACGCCCUUCCCGGCACUCGUGGUGACCCAGCCAAACUUCGCGCUCGCACUCCGCAUCGCAUUGCCCGUUGCGAAUGGAGUUGGUACCGUUACGCCAACGAAGACGAAGAGUGGGAUCCCGAAAAGGGUCAAGGCCUAGACGGUGCCCGCGACUGCGUGGAGGGCCUUCUCAAGCGUAACACCAAACGCAAGGGACUUGAUGAGAUUGCAGCCAUGCCUUGGGUUCAUGAUGCCAUUGACGUCCCCGCUGGCCUCAAACGAGGUGACAAGGAAGUCCCGUAG